AUGCCUGCGCCAGCUGCUGCUGAAAAUGGGGCGCCCAGGACGGAACUGCAAGAGCUCCAGCUCAAAGCUGGGCAAGUUACAGAUGAGUCCCUGGAAAGCACAAGACGUAUGUUGGCUCUAUGCGAAGAGAGUCACGAAGUUGGCAUGAAGACCCUGGUCAUGCUGGAUGAACAGGGCGAACAAUUGGACCGGAUCGAGGAUGGAAUGGACCAGAUCAACACCGAUAUGCGGGAGGCUGAAAAGAAUUUGACUGGAAUGGAAAAAUGCUGUGGCCUUUGUGUGUUACCAUGUCAAAAGGGCUCAUCGUUCAAAGAAGACGAAGGAACGUGGAAGGGCAACGACGACGGCAAAGUCGUCAACAACCAGCCACAACGAAUGAUGGACGAUCGUAACGGAAUGGGCCCUCAAGGCGGAUACAUCGGCAGGAUCACGAACGACGCGCGAGAGGACGAAAUGGAAGAAAACGUCAGCCAAGUCAACACCAUGAUCGGUAAUCUGCGUAACAUGGCUAUCGACAUGGGUUCGGAGUUGGAAAAUCAAAAUAGGCAAAUCGAUCGUAUCAAUCUCAAGGGUGAAUCCAACGCGACGAGGAUAGAGGUGGCCAACCAGCGGGCACAUGACCUUCUCAAGUAGACACAACACACAAAAACACUGAAAAGUUUAUACUUUCUAUCAUUUUUUGCGAUUCCAACUCGUUCCUACUGGAUACUUGAAACAAUUAAAUAUCUAUUGCUUUUUUAGCUACUUAAUUAGUCAGUGUUCAAUAUAAUAUAUAAAUGCUGUUUCGUAAUUAACAAAACUAGGAUAAUCGUCAUGGUGACAUAAUCACGAAAAGUUUAUAAAAUAUCUAUAAUUUAGUCCUAUUAUUUUCAAUUUUAUGAAGUUUCUUUAAAAAAAAUAAACUUACAUUUGCAUCAUAAAACAAUCGUUUCAAUACUUUAAUUGUUAUAAAUUGGCGAUAACGUCACAGGUGCCAAAAUAGGCAGUGUUGCCAAUUAUUUCUUAGUCUUUGUACUAGUAUUUGAAUUGACACGCACUGUCCUAUGGAAAACUGAACAAUAUGCGCUAUUCAUUUAUGUCAAAUAUCAAAUAUUGCGUGAUAAUUGUAGAUUUCUGAGAAUGAAUAAACAAUAAGAAAAACUGCUUCAAAUAUCACAAGUAUAGAUAUGAGAAACACCGUGAAAAAACCAGGCAAAAAGUUGUUUAUAUUAAAAUUACAUUAAGUAAACUUUGGAAGAGGUCUGAAAGAGAACUGUUCAGUCGGUCACAAAGUUAUCUGUGAAUAAAUGUUUGAUCUUUAAACCUUAAAACAAAACAACCAAUUAAAUGUUAAAAAAAUAAUUGAUUUUUAAUACUUCUGCAAAAAUUGUUAGUUCUAUUGAAUAACAGUUUCUUUCUGCUUUCAUUUGCUUUAUUUCUUCCAGCUGUCAUCAUCGUUUUCGUGGUAAAUAUUAUUGAAAUUGGCACCAUUUUAGGUUAUGUUGGUAAAUUGGAUAAAAAAAUGAAAAGUAUUACUAUUUUGUUACUAAAAAACUGUAGAAACGAUGAAUAUUGUCAGAGAUUAAUACUUGAAUAAAGUAGACAAAAAGUUAGGUUAAUAAACCUGUCACUGAUAUUAUAAACCAGAAUCUCCUCAUCGUUUGUUAACUGUGCUUAAAUAAUUGUUCGGCGUUGUUGACAGCUCAUAAAAAGUAUGUAUCUUUGAUCAAAGUUAUCAGAACUGUUCUAUAUUUUAUAAUAUAUUAGCAAUAACGGCUCCAACGUGACAAGUUUAACUAAUAUUACAUAUUUGCCACAUAUUGUAUAGGUGCAUAUAAAACACUGAUUAUUCCAGAAUAAUUUUAAGCUCCCAUUGCGACAGUUUCUGUUUUGUUGUUUAAAUUGUUUAUUAAGAUUUUCGAGCAUAUAAUUGGUACUAACCUUAACACGUUCACUGCCAGUGUGCAUUGAAAAAGCACUUAGGUAACAAUUGAAGGGCUUAGAAGGUUAAGGUGCUAUGUUACAAAUAACUGAAAAUGAGAUAAUCCAGGUUAAAGUUUUUUUGGUUGCAUUUUUACAAAAACCUGUUAAAAAACUCAAAUUUUUAAUCUAGAAUCUUUUGGAUAACAAAAGUUCUUGCGAGCAAUUUUUUUUUUUUGAAAAAUAUACAAUUUACCCUUUAAAAAAAUUCAAAUAUGUACAUAGCACUUUUGUCCACCAACCUAUUAGGAUGUAGGGUAUAUGAAAACAAGUACAUGGUGCUGUGUGUAGAUCAGAAGACAAGCCAAAGUCACAAAUUAAAGCUAUAUUUUAUUUAAAAUAAAUCAAAAUAACAUUCUGUUAGUCAAUGCAAAAAUGGUAUACAAACAUGUAGGACGCUACCCUUUUUAACUGCCCUGCAAAAUUGCUUCGUAAUACCAUGUGUGUUCAAGGGGUACAUAUGGCAAUAACUGCUUUAUGUCUUCUUUUUUCUCUGCAGACAAACUGCCAAUCUUUUUGUUUAUUCUUGGAACUGCAAAGUUUGGGGAUAUAACACACAUAGUUUUAUUUGUCUUAUUGGUAGACCUAUAACGUCGAAUAUCCACUUUCUUGAACGGCAUAUUGGGGUCGUAGCUAUAUUUAAACAGAUAACUACCAAAUUCAUCUACCCUUAUCCAUUUGAUGCCAUAUCUAAAUUGAACAGUCUCUCCAAGAAAAUCCUUUUUCCGGUUUACUAGUUUUAGAGAUGUAGCUAAGAUCCCAAUAACAUAGAUAUCCCAAUUUUCAAGCAAAUGUAACAUAACACCUUCACCUUCCAAGCCCUUCAAUUAUUGUUUGAUGCUAUGCCGCCUAGUAGCCUGACUGGCAUCUACUACGGGACUGUUGAAGGAUAAUCGACAGUGAACAAGUUAUAAGAAAGUUGUGGAGAUAAAAAUGAGGUCAUUUUUAUCUCCACAACUACCUACAUGUUACCGCACGACAUUUUUAAAAAUGAGGUCAUUCUUCUGUAAUGAUAACUUGCAACUUCAACUUCGAAAGCGCAUGGUUAAAUGCUACAUUUGGUCAGUCCUCUUAUACGGUGUCGAAGCAUGGACAUUAAAAAUAUCCACCAUUAAUCGUCUGGAGGCCUUUGAAAUGUGGCUGCACAGACGUAUACUAAAAAUUCCAUGGACGGCUAUGCUGACAAAUGUGGCAGUCCUUGAGAGAGCAAAUGCUGCUUCGCGAGCUGCUUGAUAACAUCAAAUGUAGAAAGAUGGCCUAUUUUGGACACGUAGUAAGGGAGACCGAUAUAAUAUUCUUCAACUUAUUAUGAUGGCUAAAAUCGAAGGACGCAGAGGAAUUGGUAGAAAGCAGGCCUCUUGGUUGAAGAAUAUCAGGGAGUGGACAGGAAUAAGGAAAGCUGAGCAACUCUUUAGAAUAGCUCGAGACAGAGACAGUUUCGCCAUGUUAAUCGCCAACGUCAAGGGGACUUGAUAGGGCACGUUAAGAAGAAUGAGAUAAAAAGAAUCGCACUAAAUCGAAAUUUUUUGCGAGAACAAAUGUAAAACUAAUCUUCAGACGCUCUACGUCGUGUUGAGUAACACAUAUAAUCUGCUUUCUUCCUAUCUUGUCACCAAUAUUAAGGCACUUUUCGUAUCGUAUACGGUUUUUUUACCGUUUUGGCCUUACCGUCGAUUUAGGGGCGAUAGCAGACUAUAUAAUUCUUCAAAUACAGAUACUGAUGGUAGUCAUUGGGUGCUAGAUCGAGACUGUGCGUAAUGAACAAAUCUUUCAUCGUUAGUGAAAGUCUUUCUCUUCGUGAAUAUUCCGGUAACAAUUUUUGAAGAGAUUUUACUCGUGCUUAAAAUGCUACUUUACCUUACCUACUUAAAGUGCUACUUACUUUACUUACUUAAAGUGCUACUUUAAGUGCUAUUCCAAUGGUUAUAAACUUUACUGAUCUUAUAAAUACGAAUUUAGGCAUACUACAGUUACAGUGAGACAUUAGAUACCAACCAAUUUUUUGUUUGUACUUUUACAAUAAACAAUACUUACUACUGAUUGGUUAUGUCACCAUGACAGUACUUGAACAAACGCUAUUCAAUUUUUAUAUUUAGAAAGAGUAUAAAGUUGAGGGACCAGGUUGAAAGGUACAGUGUUGAAUAGUAUAACAGCCGCAUGAUUGAAUAUUCUGUAAAUAUUACUUUAAUUAAAUAUGGCGCUAGUUUUUUGUUCUGUUUGUUUUCUAUUAAUAAAUAUUUAAAUUUU